AAGAGCACAGCAGAAAAAGCAAAAAAGUAGCAUUUUUUAUUAUUUGUCCUAUAAAAAUGGCGAGAAUUGGUGCUGAUCAGCUCCUGAAGGUUGAGACACAUACUCUCAAAGUGAACAUCAACUGUGAAGGUUGCAAGGAAAAGGUGAAAAAGCUCCUCAAAAAAAUCCAAGGGGUUUACUCAGUGGAGAUAGAUGCAGAAAAGCAGGAGGUGAUAGUGUUAGGUUCUGUGGAUCCUUUUACCUUGCUAAAGAAACUAGUCAAAUCAGGUAAACAAGCAAAGCUUUGUUCUCCACGUUCUAAGUACAAACUUGAACAAGCCAACAUCAAUCAAAUUCAGUCUAUAGCCAAUGACCUAGAUGCCCCCAAGAAUCAAUACAUGUUUUCUCCGCCCUUUGCGGGUGAAACCGGAGAUACUAGGAGCUUUGCAAACUUUCCUAAUCAAGGUAUAGAUGAGGAUAUAUCUGCUAAUGACGACGAAUUGGAAUAUUAUGAUAUGCCGUCUUUGGCAAGUUAUGUGGAUUCUCAGGAAAAUGGAAGUUACUAUAAGUAUAACAAUCUACCACCUACGAUAAUGACCAACAGGCAGCAGCAAGGGCAGUACGGUAACUACCCAUCUGCACAGAACUUUCUUUACAGGCAAGAUGCGCAUGUCGGUAAUUACUUGACCAGUGAUAUUUACAUGCGUCAACCUCAAGUGACUAAUCAUGCAUUUUCAGUUUCUCCUCUCUAUUCUGGAUAUAAUCCUUAUGCUGCAACAUAUUCCUACUACUAAUGACAAGGGACUCUGUAGUGAAAUACUUAAUGAUGUUGUUACUGAUAUUUAUGGUAUGAUAUGUUAACGAUUUCUUUCAUGAAAGGUUAAAGGAAAUUUAAUUUUCUGUUUGUUGGUUU